GAAAGAUGACAAGCGUUUUGCGCAUUUUCAAAAGCACGAGAUGAUUGGGAUAUAGGAUGUGGUUGCACUGUUGUUAAAUGUAAAUUGUUGUUCGUAGUUUCUGUAGUACAUCGUUGCGCUACGGAGAUAGCCUUGAAAAUCCACAGAAGGCUGCAGAACGUUGAAGACUUUUCGUGAAUACUGAAGAAUGGGAUACAACCCAUCGUCUUUAAAAAAUGACAUCACAAGUUACCACAGAUGGUGCAUUGCAGACACAGAUGAAUGUUGAGAAACAAAGGAACGUAGAACAGAGAAAACAGAACAUAGACAUGUACCAUGUAUAUCCAUAUUUCGAAUGGAUGGUUUGCAUUCCCUGUAUUGUAGUACCCUUCUUCUUAUUUAUAUGGUACCGCUUCAUUCAGCCAGUUGUCUUGCAAUACUGGAAUCCAUGGAGGCAAGUGCAGAGCUCUAGUACUUCUAUUGCAGAUUCUGGGCAGCUUGACAGUGAAUCACAAGGAGGGAAACUGGAAAAUGGUGACACAAAAACUUCUAUAUCCUCAGCAAAAUGCAGUGAUAACAUUGUGAAGGAAAAGUCUCUGUAAAGCAUUUAUAUUGGUUAUUCUUCCUAGCAUUCCUUUGUUAUUUGUUAUUUUAAAAAAAUUCUAUAAAGUGUAAUAUUCAUUUUGAAAUGCAAGCACCAAUAAAAAAUAUUAUCAAUUAA